AUGAUGAUGUUUGAAUUACCAGAUGUCAGGAAACCAGAGACAGGUAUAAGGCGAUACCUUUCGAAGCUGGAUCUGCGGUUUCCUCGUAUACAAGAAGAGAAGCAUUUUCAAUCAUAUUACUUUCAUCACAUCUAUAGAGGUCAGAUUCGAGCGGCACUCGUAUUCCUGACGGCGGUUUUGACACUGGCGUUGAUAGUGGACUACGCGCGGCCACUCGAUAUAGGCUCACUGCCUACCUAUCUGCCGUUCCGUUACUUUUUCGCAACUUGUACUACAUUAAUAUUUGUAUACGAUUUUAGAACGAUUCCAGAAAGAAUGAUUUUAUUAUAUGUAGUUAUUACAAUUGCUUCGGGCUUAACAUUUUUACCAGCGGCAAUCACAUCACUGGCGCUCUCUGUAUUUUACUUUCUCUAUUUUAUAUUAUAUGAUAAGAUUUACUAUAUAUCGAUUUGUCUUAUUUCAACAUUUAUAUUUGUUUCCAUGUUCUUUUUAGUAUCAAUUUCACAAUAUCGUGAACAAUUAAUAAGAGAUAAAUUUAGAACGUUGGAGAAUUUAAAAUUACAAACUAUUAGAUCUGGAAAGGUUAUUAAUCAGAUGCUUCCAACGGUUGUUGUUCAGAGACUGAGGCUGGAGUCAUCGAAGGAGCAGACUCUCGAUUCGAUUGUAGCUAGCGAUAAAGCAAAAAGCAAGUUAUCAGCGAUGCCAUCGGCAUCAUCGGAAGGACAAGUUGAAAUAUCGAUCGCUUCUGACGAUACCAAUCAAUCAUCAUCAAACUCAACAGCAACAACAGCAACAAUAAAUACAUCAAACAACAACAACAAUAAUCCAACUCUACAAAUGACCCCAGUUCAAGAAAGGAGACAAAUAGAUCCACAAUCACCUUCAUCGUUGGUUCCAGGUCAGUACAGUGGAAAGCUAAUUGUAGAUUCAUACGAUCCAGUCACUGUUUUGUUUUGUGAGAUUGUCAACUUCACUUCACUGCUAGAGAAGAUGCCAGCUGCCCAAGUUGUGACGUUGUUGAACGAGGUCUACAAUUCAUUCGAUCGUCUCACCGACGUCUAUGGCGUCACCAAGGUUGAACACAUUGGAAACGUUUAUAUGGUGGUCGGAGGAUGUCCAGAGUUGUGUCCGGAUCACGCACAACGCGUUGCCCACAUGUCACUCGGAAUGCUCCAAGUGAUUCGUCGAUACGGCAUCGUCCAGGUCAAGAUUGGAAUGCACACUGGCCCUGUAGUUGGAGGAAUCAUCGGUAAGAAGAAGCUGAGUUGGCAUCUCUUUGGUGACACUAUCAAUACCUCCAGUAGAAUGGCAUCGCAUUCCAGCAUCGAUAGAAUCCAGUCGGACGCCGGAAGCAGCAGCAACUUGGAUCAUGGUUCAGGACACAGUAAAAAGCUGGAAAAAGGAAGUAGCACUUCCAAUAUCUCUGCGCUGGUAAACGGACCGAAUACUUUGACAGCCGGUGGAUUGACAAGUGUUAGCGUCGCCAACGCUGGCACCGGCAGCAACAAUAUGGGCGGUGUCGUUGUCAAUCCCAACGACAGUAUCAGUAAGAAAAAGAGUCAUGUUACUUUUGUUCAGCAGCAGAUACAUCCGAUUGAACGACGUGGAAGUCGUGCACCGUCGAUCGACGAAUCUGGCGAUGCUCCUGAUUUGAACGCCACGGAAAUCGAAAUGACCAAUCUGGAUCUUGGCAAAGGUGUAAAAGGUUCCAACAUUAUCAAUUCCAACUCCACAACGUUGUCGCUGAUAGAGAAUGAUCUCAAGAAGAACUACACACUCAACUAUCUCCGAAUGAAAUUCAUCUCGCGUGACGAUCUCGUUGAGCAAGAGUUCUGUAAAGACUAUUCGAAAUUGGUGUACAAACGAAUUCUACUCUCAAUGAUCUUUGCCACCAUUAUCAUGGCUAUGGGUUCACUUGCCGACUACUUCUUCCUCAAGGAAUGGCAUAAUAGUCAAUACGAUUUAGUUACAGGUGUAAGAUUUGGAGUUGCCAUAUUCGGUUUAAUCUAUAUUUAUAUUGCAUCUAAAUCCGCCAGGUUAAGAUUAAGAUAUUUACAAAUCAUUGGAAGUGUCUAUUUUGUAGCUAUGGCGAUUGCUAUUAUUGUGUUGGUUAGUAUUAGUCCGAUGGAUUCGUUGCCGUUGGAUGCUUUUUCUGGCGUGGAAGUCCACCAACAAGGAGAUAAUGUUAAGUCACAAUUUCUAUUUGAUAACGGUGCUGCUUCUGAAUUUGUCGUCGGCCUACACCGAGGAGCUGUUCAUGCGUCAGAAUUGGGUGCAUGGCAAACUGCUGGACAAAGACCGUCGCGAGACCGAGCAGCUGGUCAGCGAAAUUCUCCCGAUGAGACAUACGCGCUACUCGCUCACAAGUAUGUGUUUGAGGAGCGUGGUGAAUCCGUUGUUCGCAAACGCAAGAUGAAGACCUACUUCUUGGAGAGAUUGAGAACCGAUGCCGAUCCUGCACCGGUCCUACCGGAACCAAACAGACUCUCUGUCAAUCGAAUCAACUUUGGUGCAUCGAUGACACUUCCAAGUGAAAAAACACCAUUGGACACCAGUUUAACAAGCUCAAUUGAAGAUGGUGAUAGUAAUUUAAAUCUCAACAACAGUGGUACUCUCAUAAAUAGCAAUACCAUCGAAGAGGAAGAUGAUGAUAGUGAAGAUGAAGAAGUAGAUGAAGAAGAUGAUAGUGAAGAAGAAUACAAUAACAAUAACAACAAUAAUUUACAUGCAAUUAAUGAAGAGGAUGACGAAUAUGAAGAUAAACCAAUAGACGUUCCACAAACCAAUGAUGUCUUUAAUAUAAAAUCAGAAUAUUCCGAACCAACAUUCGUCAUCAUAUUCAUUGCAAAAUAA